GUAAGCAAGAUAACCUGGUCAAUCCUUCUGUGGCAGUGAGGUUAAUAACCAGCAGGAUAAUUAACAUCUUCUCAAUGACCAGUUGAUUAACAUUACACAGGGCACCUGGUUUCAGAGAUUUUCAGGUUCAGCAGGUAAUACUUUUUAAUCUCAAACUAAAUGGUUCGGUACCAGCAAAUUUUACCGUUUUGAAAUAAAAAUCUCAACUCUUGAUAUUCAGCAUGGAAGUCUUAGAUCACAUAAUACCAAGGGUCAACGAAAUUGAAUUCCGCAAACCAUCGGUUAAGCUGUUUUGUAUCUGUAUUUCAGUAAUUUUCUUUAUUUGUGUGUUUGGAUUUUCACAUUUUAUGGGAAAAUUAUUUAAAACGUACAAAACCCUGGAAAAGAAGGAACAGAUAUUUUGGAAUCUUGCAAUAGUGCGAGCAGUUUAUGGAAUACUUUGUACGGUAAUUGGAAUCUGGUCAUUCUUUAUCGACAGUGAACUAGAAAAAGAUAUAGUCUUCGGAACGACGCCAAUAAGUUAUUUUGCUCUUACUGCAACUGUUGGAUUUUUUUGUUUUGAAUGUCUGGCUGUUUCAAUAUCAGAUAUAGUGUAUAAAAGGUUCAGUAUUUUAUUAAAUAUUCACCACUGGAUAUCGCUUGUUGGAUUUUCCAUUUUACUGAUAGAAGAUAGCAGCCAUUUUUUCGGCACGAGAGGCCUCUUAUUAGAAAUGAGCACUCCAUUUUCCGCCGUAUGCUGGAUAUUUCUCAAAGCUGGAAAAGCAGACACCUUGUUUUGGAAAGUUAACCAGUUUUUACUGGUUCAUUCGUUUCAUUUAAGAUCAGUAGUCGAAUGUUCAAUUUGGUACGUUACUUACAAACACUGGAAUAUAAUAUGGGAAACCAUGCCAGUGGCUUUCUUUGUUUGUUUGUAUACUCAACUAACACUGGUGACCUUCUGGAUGACUCCGUAUUGGACGUACAAAAAGACUGUUCAAAUGAUAACUCCUGUGGAUUGGAACUUUGAAGAUGUUAAAACAAAAACAAAGACAUCCUAAAGACUUUAAUAACUGUACAAGUCAGGCUCUUUAUUGCAGUUAAUCUAUAUGCAAUGCAUAAGGACCUUGCGACAAAUGAAAGAGAUUAUAUUUCACAAUACAUGUAGCUCCUUUUUUGCACUUUUACAAAUCGAAUCAUAUAUAUUUAUUGUCUUUCAAACAAAUAUUAACUAAAUU